AUUUAAUAAAAGUUAUUUUUUAUCAGAUUUUUGAGUUCAUAAAAAAAUUAUUAUCUCCUAAAAUUUUGCAAUCUGAAACUGAUUUACAAUGGAAGCACUGAUUGAAAAAUUGUCAAUCAUCUUGCAUCCUUAUAAAGAUGUUGUUGGACAAUUUGCUAUUAUAAUUACAGUUUUACAGCUCUUAACUCCAGCUCUUUUGAUUAAUGAGAUCCGUAAAGCAAAAUCGACUAAGGGAUUCAGUAUUAUUCCUUUUAUUGGCGGUGGCAUUAUAUCAAUAAUGUUCGUCGUUUUUGGUCAAAUGCUGAACGAUCCGGUUACAGUGAAAGUCAACUUGAUAGGAGUUAUAUUGAGUGUUGUAUACAUCUCAUUAUUCUAUAUGUAUACUCCACUGAAUGACAAGUUUAAUGUAUGGCUCCGCGUUGGUGUAGCUGGUGCUUUUAGUGCAGUUAUGGUUGCUUAUACUAAGUAUGAGGAUCCUGAACUUGUUGAGCAUCGAUUUGGUUUAAUCGUAACUUUACUGCUUUAUGCCCUUAUUGCAUCACCAAUGGCUGAACUUGGAGAAAUCAUGCGUAAGAAAUCUACAGAAGGUCUUCCAUUUUCCAUUAUUUUCAUGGGUUUUGCAGUCGGUUUAACUUGGCUUGUCUAUGGAGUAAUAUUAAACAGUUUAUUUAUGGUAAUGCAAAAUCUUGUUGCCGUUCUAUUGAGUGGAUUUCAAUUAGGAUUAUUUGUUGUUUAUCCUUCCAAAAGUACUGUUUCUGAGAAAAAGAAAAAUUGAUGAAACUAAAAAUUUUUGAUAAAAUAAUUUUGGACGUACUGGAAUUUCAGAGCUAAAUUUUAAGAAACUUCCAUUUUAAUUUUUAAAAAAAAAU